ACCAAAAAAUAAUACAGAAAUGUCAAUGUCAUCGUCCUUCUUUGUCUCUCUCACUUUCUUCUUCCUUCUUCUCGUUUCUUCAUCUUCAUCUUCCGAUGACAUCUCCGAGCUGUUCGACGACUGGUGCCAGAGACAUGGCAAAACUUACGGUUCAGAAGAAGAGAGGCAACAGAGGAUUCAAAUCUUCAAAGAUAAUCACGACUUCGUUACCCAACACAAUCGCAUCACUAACGUUACUUAUUCCCUCUCUCUCAAUGCCUUCGCGGAUCUGACCCACCACGAGUUCAAGGCUUCUCGUCUUGGACUCUCUGUUUCCGCUCCGUCGUUGAUAAUGGCUAGUAAGGGACAGAGUCUGGGUGGUAGCGUAAAGGUUCCAGAUUCUAUAGAUUGGAGGAAGAAAGGAGCUGUUACUAAUGUCAAAGAUCAAGGAAGCUGCGGGGCGUGUUGGUCUUUCUCGGCUACUGGAGCUAUGGAGGGAAUCAACCAGAUUGUAACAGGAGACCUCAUCAGCCUCUCUGAGCAGGAACUGAUUGAUUGUGACAAGUCCUAUAAUGCUGGCUGCAAUGGUGGUCUCAUGGACUAUGCUUUCGAAUUUGUCAUAAAAAACCAUGGAAUAGACACAGAGAAAGACUAUCCUUAUCAAGAACGUGAUGGCACCUGUAAGAAGGAUAAGUUGAAACAAAAGGUUGUGACAAUUGAUAGCUAUGCUGGUGUAAAAUCCAAUGAUGAGAAAGCGUUAAGGGAGGCUGUAGCAGCUCAGCCAGUUAGUGUUGGCAUUUGUGGAAGCGAGAGAGCGUUUCAGUUAUAUUCGAGGGGAAUAUUCUCUGGCCCAUGUUCGACAUCAUUGGAUCAUGCUGUGCUCAUAGUAGGAUAUGGUUCACAGAAUGGUGUUGAUUAUUGGAUUGUGAAAAACUCAUGGGGAAAAAGUUGGGGAAUGGAUGGGUUUAUGCACAUGCAGCGUAACACCGGAAAUUCAGAAGGGGUAUGCGGAAUCAAUAUGCUUGCUUCAUAUCCCAUCAAGACACAUCCAAACCCGCCUCCACCGUCCCCUCCCGGCCCCACAAAAUGCAACCUUUUCACCUAUUGUUCAGCUGGAGAGACUUGUUGCUGUGCAAGAAACUUGUUUGGUUUAUGUUUUUCAUGGAAAUGCUGCGAGAUAGAAUCCGCUGUGUGUUGCAGCGAUGGUCGUCAUUGUUGUCCACAUGAUUACCCGGUUUGUGAUACAACCAGAAGUCUAUGCCUUAAGAAAACCGGUAAUUUCACGGCGAUCAAGCCCUUCUGGAAGAAGGAUUCUUCAAAUAAACUUGGCAGAUUUGAGGAAUAGGUUAUGUGAGAGAAGUUUUACGCAUAUGUUACAGAAA